UGGCCCCUGGGUCAUUUCCAUAGCAACAUGGCAGCGAAAAACAAUCGUGGGACAUUUAAUCCACUGUACAUUGUUCUUUAAAAAAAAUAAACAAUCGGCAAGUUUCGAUUGGCGCCCCUUUUCCAAUGGACUCUCAAUUCUUGGAUAGUUCAGCCUUAAAAGCGGUGGAUGAUUAUUGCCAGUACAGACGGCUUGUGGGUGAUGACGACGGCGGCAGACUGUUUACUCCUGAGCAAUAUAAGGAGUACAAGAGGAAAAUGGUGCCACAACGAGUGAAAAAUAGACUCUAUGUGAGCUUUGGUGUACCGGGAGGCAUCGAGUGCAGACUCGUCGGUCCAGAGACACCGUGCUUCUGCGCACAUAGAUACAAGCAACAUAAGACGGAUUUUGAGAUCAUUCCUUCGGAGAGACCUUUACUCCUCCCAUGCCGGGUGAAGAAAUGUCUUUGUUCGGCUUAUGAGUAUCUCCCCCACAUCGGCGCAGCACCCGUCCGCUGCGGGUGUAAACAUUUACCUCAAGAUCACACCGAAGGCGGCAGACAUUUGUGCAGAAAGUGUGACUGUUCUGAGUUCAGGAGUCCGUACACAUGUGGAUGUGGCCAGCCCACCUAUAAUCACCAGACCCUGGUUGAGACAAAGUCCGAGAGGGUGGCACGAGGUCGCCCCGUGGGAGGAGAUGUCCCUUAUGCUGCAAUGGGCGGACUGACCGACUUCAGCUCCUUGGUGGAUGGUUACAUUGCUUUGGAAGCUAGUGGAUUGCUUGAAGAGUCCGAAGAUGACUGCGAGUAAAGAUGAACGGCAGUCACGGAUGAAACAAGCAUCUCCUGAUGUUGAGUUGUAUCGGCAAACAGAAGACCAAAUGAAAGGGGGAUGCUGUUGCCAGUUCAGACUGGACAUAAAUCACGAAAAUGUGAUUAUCAAAAAAAAAAAGUCUUGUCACGAGCCAUCAUCAUGAUUAUAUGCCAUAUCCAAUCAACAUUUAUUGUUAUCAGUUAGACGGAGAUGAAGUGACACGCGAGCAAACCACCCGAACAAAUCACACGUUGACAGCGACUGAAUUCAUCGACAUGCUCUUUGGGAUGACAGAAUAGAGAUUUUUUUUUUGAAGUUCAAGACAUUCGUUAUCAGCGACGCCUCGGUCGAGGCACUGCCGCGGGAUGCCGACAGGCUUGCGCAAUUCAAAUCCACGGUGUGCGCUGAUAAAUCCAAAGAAUAGAAUUGAUAAGCUUGACCUCAUCCAACCAUACAUUUUCUAUAGCGCUGCAGAAUUGAUGGGGAGGCGGAGGGGAGGGGGGAGGGGCCUGACUACACCCUGGACUGGUUCCCAGUCAAUCACAGAGCAGCACAUAAGAGACAGGCAACCGUUUACAUUCACAUUGCCGACGCAGAAAUCCGCCAAGUGAACCCCUACAAUCAAGCUUGACCUGUGAACUUCAAAUUCAAACCAUUUCAUAUUGAUCGACUGAACAACGGUGAUAAUACAGCAAUAUUUAUUUUCUUCUUCAUUUAUCGUCUUUAAGAAAUUGACGUGACAAAGCCAGAUUUGUUUGCAUCUGAUUUUGGACUUCCAGACUCGUGUUUACGUCGAAUUUUUGUGAAGCUGUUGUCGUGAAAGUUUAAAAGAUUGCAAGUCCAAGUCCAAAACAUGUUUAAUAUAUUUAUAUGUUUAAUAAAGCUAACAGUUUCUUG